AUGAUGAAGCAGCUAACUAUAGCCCUUGAACUAGAGAAAUCUGAUAAAGCUCCAACUCGACAGCACUUGCUUCUCAAACUGAUGAAGACCGUCCCAUCAGCUACAGCUAUUUCAAAUCUGGAACUGGUGACACUUGACAUGCUAACGCAAAACCCUAGUGUGCAUCAAUUCCUACAUAAAGGACUUGUUGAUAGAGAGUUAUAUAAGGUCAUAUUCCAGAAGCAAAAUGCAACUGGCAGAUUUGCUUUCACAUCUGCAUCUGAACCUACGGCAUCCACCUUGUGUUUUUUUGAUCCUAUCGAGGCAGACAUGAAUCAAGAUGACUUCGAUCCUGAUCUAGAUAGAUCAACUGGAGAAAAACGAUCUAAUAGGUCUGGAGAUAGCAGAUCCGUAAAUAGGAGGAGGAGGAGAAGAAGGAGAGACGGGGAGGGAAACCCAUUUUUGGGUGUGAUGACUCAGUUGGCGGAAGCUAUUUCUAAUAAGACUAUGGGAUCUGAGGCAUCAAUUCGUAGUGGCGGUGAUAGGACCCAAGAGAACACAAGUGCUAGGACGGAUCGAUAUUCCAUGGAAAAUUGUCAGGCAAUUUUGGAAAGUAUGCAACUUCCACCGCAAGUAUAUUUGGAUGCUAUGAAGUACUUAAUUGCCAACCCAGAGUGGCUUUGUGAUGCAAUAUUGGAGUUGAGGUCAGUCUUUAUCAAGCCACCUGACUUCACUGAUGUUCCAUUGGAGAUAUCGACCAACCCAAACUUCUACCCAUUCUUUAAGGACUGUCUUGGAGCGAUUGAUGGUACACAUAUACGUAGGUCGAUGCCAGUUGAGGUAGCUGAUAUGUAUCGAAAUCGUAAAGGGGCAUUGUCAUAG